AUGUCCUCAGAUUCAUCAGCUGUACAAUUACUCCCACAAGCAGCGGGAUACGGCGUCCUAAUUGGGGUCGGUGGCGGGUUCGCCAUUGGUAUGAUUAUCGUCACCAACUUGCUACGCAGAUACUUGAAGGAAGACAACAACAGCACCGAGACUUUUUCCGUUGCCAAUAGAUCAGUGGGCACGUUGCUUUCGGCAUCAGCAGUCUAUUCAAGUUGGAGUUGGGCUGACGAAUUGCUUUGGACAACUACAAUGGUUUACAACUAUGGCAUCCAAAGUUCAUUCUACUACAUGGCUGGUUUAGUUAUACAAAUUGUUGUAAUGUCAAUGGUGGGGAUCCAUGCUAAAAAGAAAUGCCCCAAGGCACAUACCUCAUUGGAGAUUGUGGAGUUGAGGUAUGGCAAAGUAGCUCAUAUUUUAUUCAUGUGUCUUUCAUUAAUCACCAAUUUGGUUUCUUGCUCAAGUAUGAUUUUGGCGGCUGCCGGUGCCAUUUCAAUCAUUGCUGGUAACUUGCACAUUGUUGCUGCUACAUUAUUGACGAUAUUUUCGGUCUUGUGUUACUCAAUAUAUGGAGGGUUGAAGGCAACGUUCUUGACUGAUUUCGCCCACAGUUUGAUCUUGUUAAUUGUCUUGUGUUACUUUAACACUGCCGUGUUGACGAAAGUUGGGGGAUUGGAUGGAUUGUACGACAAGUUGGCUGCAUUUGGAGGCUCGCGUGAGAUCCCAGGCAACUACAAAAACAGUGUCAUAACUGGUAAAUCGCAAGGUGCCAUAUUUUUCGGAUUGGUCCUAACUUGUGGUAAUUUCGGAUUGUCAGUAAUGGACAGUUCAUUUUGGCAAAAGACAUUUUCAGCUGCUCCGAGAGCUACAGUUCCAGCAUACUUGACUGCAGCAUUGUGCAUCAUGUCCAACCCGUGGCCCUUGGGGGCAAUCAUUGGUGGUGCUGCAAUCACGAUGGAAAGCUCGCCAAGUUUCCCAACUUAUCCACGUAAAAUGACUCAGUAUGAGAUUGAUUCAGGUUACGCUUUGCCAUACACGUUGAUGGCGACAUUGGGCAGAAGUGCUGUUGGGGGCUUGUUAUUGAUUCUUUAUCUUGCUGUUACAUCAACAAUAUCAGCACAAAUGAUUUCCGUUUCUUCCAUAACGACAUUUGACAUCUACAAAAAAUACAUCAAUGUUAAAGCUGGAAACAAAUCAUUGAUACUUGUUUCUCAUAUAGGAUGUGUGGUUUUUACCUUUGUCGCCGCUGGAUUUUCGUUAAUGUUGCAUUAUGUCGGUGUUAAUAUGACAUGGUUUGGGUACUUUACCCCGUUGAUUAUAUGUCCCGGUGUCAUACCUCUCGUUAUGUCGAUUGUUUGGGACCGACAAACUUGGUUGGCGGCAGUCGUUUCGCCCAUUGUGGGGAUUACUUGUGGGCUUGCAGUGUGGACCACAACUGCGUACAAGUUGUACGAUGCUGUAAACAUUACAACCUUGGGUAUGCAAUUACCUGCAUUGUAUGGUGCUUUGACGGCAUUGUUUUUACCGGGAAUUGUCAGUGUGGUGAUUUCAUUAAUCAAGCCACAAAAGUUUGAUUGGACAGUGAUGCAAAGAGCUCACAUUUUAGUUCAAGAGAGCGAGGAUGCCAAUGAGGAUGCCUCUGCCCCAGGUGAAAUAGAAACCACUGCAAGAGUGGAAGCUGCAGAAGCAGAAGCAGAGGCAGAGGCAGAAACAGAAGCAAAGGCAGAAGCAGAAGCAGCAGGUACUGACAAGAAACGGGCCACUGCACCACCAGAGCAACAGAUUCCAAAAGGGGAAUCAGAAAAGCAAGACUCAGACAUCAACACCGUCAAUGGAUUAGAUUCAGACCAAUCUUCGUCCAACUUGGAGUCGCAACCAGACAAUGACGCCCUCCCUAAAGAAAUCUCAACCA